CUGAACUUAGCUUCCUUGUUUUUUUAUGUGUGCAUAAUCAGAUUUAAAAGAAGUUGUGAGUGUGCUGGUUUCUUUGCACUUUAUUAUUAUUUUAUUUUUUUAAUGUAGAUCAGCAGUGAGUACCUCCUUCCUUCCACUUGUUUAUUUUAUGAGAAGUCUGUUUGAAGCUAAAUAAUAUACAAUUAUCUACUGGCCUAAUGGUGCCUAUGAAUGAAGAAUCUCAAACUAGUAUUGCAUUACAGCCAGCUCAAUGGGGUGACACAGUGUUAAAAACGUUCCCUAACACCACGUGUUUGUCUAACAAGGUGCACAAUAUGGUCUGUAGACUUGGAUUUGAAAUACAAUGCAGUUAUGACAUUGAAAGACUCUUAAGCCAAGAUAAUGAAGUAUGCUGGAUUUCACUAACAGAUCAUUUAUCCUACAAACCCUCAGGUCAACUAGAUUUUGCAGAAUGUGUGAGACAGCUGGGGCCUGUGUGUGAAGCAGUUCAUCUAUACCUCACUUCUCUAUCUAGUGAAGUGUUUGAUGUGCAGUUUCAAGGAUUUUUUCAGUGGACUGAUAAUGCAGAGUUGUUUCUUAACACAUUAGCUGUGUUGAAAAGCUUGGAUGGUGCAAAGAUUUCCCUGAGCCUGAUGAAGAUAACAUCAUGUUUGGAACACUCACUGGGUGACGUUUUUUUAAUGCUUGGGAAAGAAUGUCCCUUCUUGCUAAGAGACCUGCUUGCAUCACUAGAACUGGCUAACAUUUUUAGCCAAUCAGUGAUGGAUGUGCUGAGAGUAUUUAUUGGAUCCCCAGAAAGCCUAAAUCUACGUAAUAUAUUGUGGCAUGGAUUUGCUUCAUCUUCUGAAAUUCCGCCAAAAUACUGCUCUAUGCUUCUGUUGCUCACUGCUGGACUCGGACAAAUUCUUAAAACCUACCUCUGUCGAACCAAUUCAUUACUUGUACAUAGACCUUACUUUGCGUUCUACAGUCAAAAGGACGUAUUUGUCUUUCCAGAUAUUACCAAUGAGAUGCUUUCAGUGGCUGAAAAAUUAGUUAAGAAAUCAAAGUUUGUUUUGAAACAUAUGGUACCUCUCUGGAUCGAAGCACUUACAGCAUUCAGACAAGACAGAUAUGCUGACAGUGCUGUCUUGUUACUCCCUCAGCUUGAAACUGGGCUGAGGUUGAUCUUUAUCACAGUUAAUAAGUGCCCAGAGAGGAUACUCACUGCUGAGUCAGCAAUUUUAUAUACAACCUUUGAUGAAAUACUAGCAAAGCGACUAAAUGCCCAUUCAGAAAACCUGGUCCCGAAAAUACUUGGAGAAGCAGCGAUGGAGUUUCUCUGGGACUUUUUAAACCAUCCAGAAGGCCCUAGAGUCAGAGACCAUCUUAGUCAUGGUGAAAUCCAACUAAGUGAAUUUCCAAAACAAAUAGCCAAUCAGCUUCUGGGAUUUUCCAUUGCGCUACUUUAUAAACACACUGACAAAGAGGAUAACCCAAUCAAGGAGAUCUCUUUAUUGUAUCCGCUGAUUGAUGCAGUUGAACACUACAGGUCAAGAUUUCAUCCGAUUUCGCUCCUUCAAAAACAGGUAUUAGAGUGCAGUGAGAGUCUUCAGAAAUUGCCUCUACUUCCUUCCCCAACUUUGGAUCAGCCACAACAUAAUGAAGUGCUUGAUGACAUAGCAGAAGCUGGAGAGCUGUUCAACCAGGAAAUAAUCCAUAUUCUUUCUUUGCUUCCUCUACAAGAAGAGUGCUGUUUUGAUGAUGUAGACAGCUGGCUUAUAACAGAGAAAUGGUUCAGCACUAUGAAGGAACUGUGUAACACACACAUUAGAACUUUGUAUUGUAAUCGGUCAGUCUUGGAGGCAGUUGGUGUUUUGCGUAAAGUUAGCGCACAGUGCCACCUUGUGUCAAAAAAUGUUAUUUCGGCUUUGGAGCUCAGAUACGAACAGUGGCUAAACAAGACACUUCGCUCACGUCAACGGCAAAAUUAUAUCCGCAUGCUAAGUUUCAUCAAAAUUCUUACUCCAGUUCUACGUUUGAUUGUAACAUUGGUGUCUAUGGACAUGUCUGAUAUACACGCGAUUUCUGAGAAGACUUCUUUGGUAUACCAGGAAUAUUUAAAGUACAUAAAGUCUCUUCUGCAAUAUACUGAAAAUAUGGCAACAUGCACCAGCAUUGAAAAGAAUUUAUGGGAUAAAGCUAUUGAACUAACCAGAAAGAUCCUCUUAAAAAUUAGACUAUUUCAUGAAAAACAGAAUUCUUCUCAAGUAAUGAAGGAUACAGACCAAGACAAUCUAUAGUAAAUUAGGAGCAAUUUAUUGUUAUUUAUGUAAAAUAAAAUAUUUUUUUCAGGA